UACGUUCAGUUGAGGGCGGCAGAGGCAGCUAAAGUGGGACAUAAUCAUUCGACAAGCACACAGCAUGGCAGAAUCCGCCGUAAUAAAAGUGAUAUGCGCCAACAAUGGGGCGAUGGAAUAUGAGGAUUUGGUGCUGGAUAUUGGACUGAACCUUUCAAGCGAGGACGGGGCUUCAAACAUCGUAAGAAAUGGCGACAAUUUCCCUGUCGUUAAUGUAAACGGAAAGGAACAAGUCAUUGCUAAAACCAAAGUCAGAUUAUGUAAAGCCAGAGACUGCGAUGGCUGUAACAAUUUACACCUGUGCAAAUUCUUCCUCUAUGGAGUCUGCAAAUACAGAGGACGACAGGGGUGUCGCUUCGGCCAUAACCUGCGCACAGAGCACAACGCCCAGGUCCUGAGAGACAAUAACCUGCAUGAGCUGGAUAGGAGGGAGCUGUGCACGUUACUGCUACAGAACGACAACACCCUCCUGCCCCCUGUGUGCUUCUCAUACAACAAAGGCACAGGAGAGUUCGGCAGCUGCCCUGAUCAGCAGAGCUGCAGGAGACUGCACAUCUGUGAGCGCUACCUCAGAGGCACCUGCAGGUCAGGGGUGGACUGCCCCAGGUCACAUGACUUCUUUGAGCCCCACCCACUGAAAACCCUGCAGGAGAGAGGAAUCCCCAAUGAGCUGAUCGGUUCCAUGUUCUCCGUCUACCAGAACAUACAGGCCCUGAAGAACAACAGCAGCAACACAUGUGUAAAUCAUCAAACACAGGGAGCAAAAACCAGCAAGACUCCCGCAGACACGCCCGCAGACACACCCAGGACGCCAGAGAAAACGGAGAUAUGCAUGUACUACAUCCGAGGCACCUGCAGGCAUGGAGACAGGUGCUGGAAGGUGCACUCAAAGCUGCCGUACUUGUGGCAGGUGAGAGAUGAGAAAGGAUGGUCAGAUAUAGCCAACAGCGAGGAGAUUGAGAGAGACUUCUGUGACCCGGCCAACGUGUACAGUGGAGGAUCCCCACCUGUGCACUUUGACACCAUGACCCGCGGAUCGGCCCAGGUGAGGCGUAUCUCCACCGUUUCCUCUGUGGUUCAGCCCACCUUCAUCCUCACCACAGAGUGGGCCUGGUACUGGCAGGACGAGUACGGGAACUGGAUCCAGUACGCAUCAUCGACAGGGGGGCGCAGCGCCUCCACCAUCUGCAGUGCGGAGCUGGAACAGAGGUACCAGCAGGACAGCAGCGCACUGGUGGAGUUCAGAGCAGGCUCACAGACCUAUGAACUCAGUUUCAAAGACAUGAUACAGAAAAACAAGCAGUACAACACCAAGAAAGUAGUCAGGAGGCGGCCUGUGUUCGUCUCUUCAGUGGAUGCACAGACCGUCAGAACCAGCAAAAAAGGUCCCGUCAACCGAGCUGCUAAUUUCAAAGCUUUGCCAGGACACUGGGACAAGUCUGUGACACCGGAUACUGGGUACAAGAAAGUGCCCUUGGAGCGCUCAACAACUGAGUUCAAGGAAAUUCUGGCGCUUUUCCGAAAGUCCAUGUUAGGGUUCAGUAUUCGCCAAAUAGAGAGAAUCCAAAACAAGGCCCUGUGGGAGGUGUUUCAGUGGCAAAGAGACCUGAUGAGGAAGAAUAAUGGUGGGAAAAACGUCACAGAGAAGCUGCUUUUCCACGGCACUGACAGCAAACACAACGAUGCCAUUUGCCUGCAGAACUUUGACUGGAGGAUCUGUGGAACGCAUGGGACGGCUUAUGGGAAGGGAAGUUACUUUGCCAGAGAUGCCAAGUACUCUCACAGCUACACCAGCUCUGUUGGAAUGAGGACCAUGUUUGUCUGCCGGGUGCUGGUCGGGAACUACACGAAGGGAAACUCCAGUUACCUUCGCCCUCCCUCGAAAGAUGGCGGAGACACCAUUUUCUAUGACAGCUGUGUGGAUGAUGUCUACGACCCCUCGAUAUUUGUGGUGUUUGAAAAGCACCAGAUAUACCCCGAGUACCUCAUUCAGUACUAUGAUGAUGUGCCGGUUUCACCUGUACAUAACUACUAUGUCCCGCCCCCACCGAGGCCGACGCCCAGGCCGAAACCCCAGCCUGCACCAGCAUACUCCCCCCCCAUAGCAAGUGUGCCCCCCAGAUCCACUGCCUCUGAUUCAGACAGUUUAUGUGUCAUUAGUUAAUUCUGUGUUUUCCAAGUGACAGACAAGUCAAAGGGGAUAUGGGUGUUCUGGCAUCCCAGUAUUCUGGAAAUGACAAAGGUGGUUUGAGUCUUUGUUAGCAGGUUGGACACCGUGGAGAUAACCGUCUGCCUCUCACCGGUGGACAUGUGCUCAAGCGCUCACCUGCCAGAGGAUUUCUUUGACAGCUUUGUCUGUUCCUCUGCUUUCUAUUAAUAAUUACAUAUGAAGUCACAAGAGCAUUUUAAUCUUUCCUCCAGUUUUAAAUCAACUGGAAACUGACAGAUG